AUGGGUAACAGCGGGAGCAAGGUCACAGCCCAGGAUAAGGCCAUACUCGACCUGAAAAAUCAACGCGACAAGCUGCAUCGUUACCAGAAGAAGAUUACGAUCCUGACAGACAAGGAGACGGAGAUAGCCAAGAGGAUGCUUGAACAGGGCGAUAAGAAAAGAGCAUUGCUGGCGUUACGGCGCAAGAAGUACCAAGAGUCUUUAUUGGCAAAAACAGAUGCUCAACUAGACCAACUCGAGAAACUGGCAAACAGUGUCGAAUUUGCCCUGAUACAAAAGGAUGUCGUGUUUGGACUACAACAAGGAACAAAGGUCCUCGAGGAGAUACACAAGGAGAUGGGAGGUAUCGAGCAUGUGGAGAAGCUGAUGGGCGAAACUGCGGAUGCCAUCGCAUAUCAAAAGGAAAUCAGCGAGAUGCUGGGCAACAGCAUGUCAAACCAAGACGAGGACGAGGUGGAAGACGAGCUAGCUGCUCUGGAGGCAGAGAUGGCUGGAGUCUCAGCAUUACCAAAUGCCCCGCAAACAAAUCUACCAAAGGUCAAGGACCCGGUUGCAGCCGAGUCUACAGCUUUGAUCAAGAGGCUCUCUGCUACUCCUGUACUUGGAGCACAAAAUGAUGUUCACCAUACCGCCGGCACACUAGAUCCUCAAGGUCUUUUACAGGCCAACAAAGCAACAUUUUUCUUCCAGCUGGAACGCGAGCUUGAGAAAGUGAAUGCUUUCUAUCUGCAAAAGGAAGCCGAGCUCAAAAUUCGGCUCAAAACCCUUCUCGACAAAAAGAAGGUCUUACAAUCGAGAGGUCAUGGAGUCUCGAGGCGCUCCGCCAAGUUUGCUACUCUUCAGGAGGGCUUUCAGCAAUUUGCAAACGACCUGAACAAGCUACAGCAGUUCGUAGAGAUUAACGGAACGGCCUUCUCAAAGAUCCUAAAGAAAUGGGACAAGACAUCAAAGUCCAAGACAAAGGAACUGUACCUGUCGAGAGCAGUCGAAGUCCAACCGUUCUUCAACGCCACAGUCAUUAGCGAGCUGUCGGAUCAGGCCACGACCAGUUUGCAAGAACUGGGCGCCUGGGCAGACGGCGACAACGUGACCUUUAGCGAUCACCGGGAUCAUAUAGUCACCAGCCAGAACCUACUAGGAACCGACGAAGGCGAUGUCGACACCCUGCUGCUGGAGACGGUGAUAUCAGGUAACCUGGACUCGCUGAAGGAUCUACUAAUGCGGAUGCGGUCGUCUUCUCCUGAUCCCGGCGCCGCAUCAGACAUGGAUGUCCCUCUCAAAGAACGCAUCACUCGGACAUUCCUUGCCUCUAUAAACGAGGGUCCUCAAGCCUCACUAGAGGUGCUCUUGAACACAGGCUUGGUCGAUAUCCAGUCAGAAGAUGACAUAAAUGAGAGAAACUGCCUGCAUCAAGCCGCCAUAUACAGCAACUCGUUUGUUCUGCAGUAUGGUCUGUCGAAAGGGGUUUCGGUCAGCCGGACAGAUGUCUACGGCAGGGUCCCAUUACAUUAUGCCAGCAUGCACGGCCGCCUCGAUAUGCUCGCUGCAUUAUUAGACGCCGACCCCAAGACUAUUGACCUAAUCGACCACGACAACUUCACGCCGCUCAUCCACGCCAUAAUACACGGACACUAUGAAUGCGUCAACCUACUACUGAUGAACUCGGCACGCAUUGAUCCCAUAUCAGACACAGACCACGUUCCCGUGAACCUGGCAUGUGAGCACGGCUCGACAGCAAUCGUAGAGCUGUUGUUGAAGCAGGGUGCCAAGAUUGUGCCGGACGCAGAAGGACUUUACCCUCAGCAUCUGGUGGCAAGGUCGGGACAGACUCCAGACCUGCUUCUCCUACUGAAUCAGUAUGGAGCAGAUCUCAACCAGAUGGACAAGCUCUACGGUUGGACACCACUUGUCCACGCCGCCAGCGAGGGUAAUGUACCCUGUCUCAAGGCACUUCUCGAAAUUGGAGUCGACCCGAACAUCUUGGACGAGAAGGGCCUUCCCGCUCUGUACUAUGCGGCUUGGGAGGGUCAUUUGGAGUGCAUGAAGCUUCUGAGUCCCUUCAACCGGACCAAGGCCCCGAGUCCGCUGGUUAGACCCAUUCCAGCCACACCCCUCGCCCUUCUGGGCAGCAGUAGUGCCCCAAUGCCAAUGGCGCUGGAUCCUGAUGCCAUCCCGGUGCUGGAGCUACCGCCGCCAAUAAUCCCGUUGCGUCGAUAUGGGCACAACUUCUUGGACACCAAGACAGUCGUCCAGAUUAACUUUGGCGAGGGUGGCCAGCAACCCCUGAUGUUUUUCCACAACAGCAAGUACCCGGCAUCCCGACUUACCAUUUCCUCCAAGGCAUCCGACCUCAUCCCGAAGAACAUUAUUCUCCCUUUCCAAGAGGACACCCGUCUUGUCUCAUUCCACGUCGACAACCUCGAUUCUUUCACCUUGGACUUCGACGUCUUCCCUGCCUACGGAGCCAAAGUCAUCGCCAAGACCGUGGCCCUCCCCAGCACUUUCCGGGCCUUGCUGAGUAGCGCAGGUAGCAGUUGCUGCCUGCCGCUCUUUGACCCGAGGUUGCGAGCCAUAGGUCAGAUCAGCUUCCACACGCAGGUCAUCAAGCCGUUUCGAGGCGUUCCGCUUGAAAUCUCGGACUUUGAGACAUACUGGAAGGCUACAAGUCAAUUAGACGGGCAACCAAGCACGUUUGUGUCGGGUUCUAGCCUAUCUGGGGAUUUUGUACGUCUCCACGUCCAGCAAACGAGCGAUGGAGUGCCCGUCCUUUGGCCCUACUGGACGGUCAGUUGUGGUAACGGGGUUGAAGUCCCGGUUGCUCGUUUGAAGUACGAGCAGUUUGCAAUAGCCGUGGCAGCAUCCGGAUCUGCUGCUUUCAAAAAUGUCACUGAAAGGGUAUCAGGUAUAGCCAGGCAAGUGGCAUCGAUACCGCCGGACCGCAUCUCGGAUGUGCACGAGAUACUAGCCACUUCCGGGAUUCGACUCCAGGAUGCAUUCCUCAUGUUGCCGGCCGGCAUGCACGUCAACCUGCAGAUAAUUUACCCGACUGCGGAAGAGGACAGGGAACUGGGACUGCUGGGGCCUGGAGCGGACAUGAAUAGUUUUGCGGACGACGUCCUGUCGGUGGUGUUUGACCACGCGCGUGCGCAGCGGGCCCAGGCACCGGAUGCGGUCAGAUCCGUCGUCUUCAGCUCUUACAACCCCAGCCUGUGCACGGCGCUCAACUGGAAGCAGCCAAACUUCCCCGUGUUUCUCUGUAACGACCUCGGCCAGGAGAUGGCAGAUGACUUGGCACCACAUGUUGAUGGUACGGAGAAGGCAUGCGGCAGCAGGACUUCAUCAAUCAAGGAAGCCGUUAGGACCGCGGAGAGCAAUAAUUUCAUGGGCCUGAUAUGCUGCUCUCGUUUGUUUGACAUGGUCCCCGCGCUCGUGGAUGCCAUCAAAUCCCACGGCCUGGCUCUCGUGGUCGACAAGUCAAGAGAACGGCAGCCGGAGAGCAGCGGUCUGGUCGUGGACCGCUUCCCGCGCCUGCCUAACGGAGUGGAUGGGGUGCUGAAGGGUAAUGGAGUGCUGCGGUUUAACGAGUCCAUUGACAUGUAA